CUAACAGAGAAGGUCAAGGCUUUUGCUCCAGACGCACCUAACAAUGUUGGAAUAAGUACGGACCUAUAUGUUUAUUGUUACAGCCAGACUUCUGUCACCAGUCCGCAGGCUGACUGAUUAAUUUUCUGAGGUUCACAUUUAAAAGACAGUCUGCAUUACCUGGAGUGAUGUUUGAUGCAGAUGACUGCACACUGUCCUUGGACAGUCUGUUUUUUGAGAAGCCCACUGUACAAAAGGUAAAACCAUUGCCUCUGGAAGGCAGUCAGUGGCAUAUGGAUGCACCUCCACCUCUUACACAUAUCCCAGCCACUCAGGACAUGCAACAGGAGGCUGAAUCUCUCUCUGCCUUGUACAGUAUCACACAGAAGCCCAAGACGUUCCAGCCUCCUUUUAAAGGACUCAAUGCCUCUUUGUCAAAAAUCAACAGUUUCUCCAGUUUUAAUGAUGAAGAGAGAAGAUUUGAGGAGACUCAAGGUCAUUGCACCAGCAACUUCAGGGGAAAUAGUGGUUACUCUGGUAAUGACGGGUUGACGGAUUACCCUGAGGGUAGUUUUCUGAGUGGUGGAGGUGGAGAUGAGACCUGGCUGGACUCUUGUCAUGCGGCUAUCAGCAGAUGCUUGCCUGCUCUACCUUUAAGAAGAAGCUUGUUCAGGAGUCCUGCGCUAAGCGGCGCAGGAGAUUUGUCGACCAACGUCGCCCUCAAGUCUCUCAGCGGGAACGGUGGAGGUGGCGGCGGUGGCGGCGGCUGCGGCGAGAAAACAUCCAGACCUCAAACUUUUCUCAGCCCGGUUGUCAUGGCGACAGUGCCUCCUGCUCUCCAACUACCACAGGCUGCUGUCGGUAAAGUGGCUCCCCCGUUCUCAGGCUCGUCUGUGGCGAGCGUGCGACCUCUGCAGCAGGCGCCGCAUGCAGAAACGCAGGACAAGGGUGCAAAGAGAGCCUUCGUUCCACCCAUGACUCCUCAACCGCUGCACAUACAAGGAUCUUCUGGCUCUGAAGUUCUGCGCCCCGUGUCAGAAAUCCCAGUGAAAUUCAGAUCCAUCUUUAGCGAGUUCCCCUUUUUCAAUUACGUCCAAUCCAAAGCUCUGGAUGAUGUUCUUUACACAAACAAGAACUUUGUAGCCUGCGCUCCCACUGGAUCGGGGAAAACGGUUCUGUUUGAGCUCGCCAUCAUUCGCCUAUUAAUGGAGAGCCAGGAGCCAUGGAGAGAUGUCAAAGCUGUGUAUAUGGCUCCCAUCAAAGCGCUCUGCAGCCAGUGUUAUGACAGCUGGACCAAGAAGUUUGGUCCUCUGGGGGUGACCUGCAAGGAACUGACCGGUGACACAGAGAUCGAUGACUUGUUUGAGAUUCAUGACUCCCACAUCAUCCUGACCACGCCUGAGAAGUGGGACAGCAUGACAAGAAAAUGGAAGGAUAAUUCUUUGCUGCAGCUUGUUAGACUCUUCCUUAUUGACGAGGUUCAUGUAGUGAAGGAUGCGACCCGUGGCGCCACGUUGGAAGUGGUGGUGAGCAGAAUGAAGGCAGUGAAUUCAUACAGGACAUCUCAGAACCCAGAUGCAGGCAUCACAAUGAGAUUAGUGGCUGUGUCGGCCACAAUCCCCAACAUAUGUGACAUAGCUGACUGGCUGUCCAAUGGGAGCGAGCCGGCCUCCUAUCUGAGUCUGGAUGAGAGCCACCGUCCAGUAAAGCUUCGGAAAGUGGUCCUGGGAUUCCCCUGCAGCGGGACACAGACAGAGUUCAAGUUUGAUUUGUCACUCAACUACAAGAUGGCCAACAUCAUACAGACGUACUCUGACCAGAAGCCUACACUAGUGUUUUGCUCAACAAGGAAAGGAGUUCAGCAGUCGGCUGCAGUUCUGGCCAAGGAUGCGCGAUUCAUAAUGAGCUUUGAACACAAGCAAAGGUUGAUGAAAUAUGCUAACUCUAUUCUGGAUUCAAAAUUGAGAGAUUUGAUGAUGUUAGGAGUUGGUUACCACCAUGCAGGCGUUGACUUGUCUGACAGGAAGCUGGUAGAAGAGGCCUUCACCCUGGGGGACCUGCCUGUCCUGUUUACAACCCGGACUCUGGCUAUGGGGGUGAACCUUCCUGCUCACCUGGUGGUCAUCAAGUCAACCAUGCAGUACGUUGCCGGCUCCUGUGAAGAGUACAGCGAGUCUGACAUCCUGCAGAUGAUUGGCCGGGCAGGGCGGCCUCAGUUUGAUACAUCCGCUACUGCAGUGAUCAUGACCAAGGUUCACACCAGAGAGAAGUAUAUGAAACUUAUGAAUGGGAUAGAGAUCAUUGAGAGCAGCUUACACAGUCACCUGGUGGAGCACCUGAAUGCUGAGAUUGUUCUCCAGACCAUCAGUGAUGUCAACAUGGCUCUGGACUGGAUACGCUCCACCUUCCUGUACAUCAGAGCCCUUAAGAACCCGUCACACUAUGGUUUCUCAACCAACUUAGACAGAUAUGGUAUUGAAGCAAAGCUGCAAGAACUGUGUCUGAAGACCCUCAACUCUCUGUCGGCCAUUGAUUUGAUCACUAUGGAUGAGGAUAUCAACAUCAAACCCACAGAAGCUGGCAGGUUGAUGGCGAGAUACUGUGUAGCCUUUGAAACAAUGCAGCUGUUCAGCGGAGUAACCGGCACCGAAACACUGCCUGACCUGGUUGACCUGGUGUCAAAGAGCAAGGAGUUCAGAGACGUUCAGUUGAGAGUAAACGAGAAGAAAUCCCUGAACACCCUGAACAGAGACAAGAACAGGGCUACCAUCAGAUUUCCACUUGAGGGAAAGAUCAAAACCAGCGAGAUGAAAGUGAACUGCUUAAUUCAGGCUCAGUUGAGCUCUAUCUCAAUCCAAGACUUUGGUCUUACGCAAGAUACUGCAAAGAUCUUCAGAAUCGGGAUGCGCAUUAGCAAAUGCCUGUCAGAGUUUCUUACUCAGCAAUCUAAGACCGGAUUUUGUGCUGCACUUAACUCUCUGAUCUUAGCUAAGUGCUUUAGAGCUAAGCUGUGGGAAAACUCACCUUUUGUUUCCAAACAGAUGGAGAAGAUAGGUUUGACUCUGUCAACUGCCAUGGUGAAUGCUGGCCUCACCAGUUUCAGCAAAAUAGAGCAAACCAACCCGAGAGAGCUGGAGCUGAUUCUUAACAGACAUCCACCAUUUGGAAGCCAAAUCAGAGAAUCUGUCGUCCAUCUUCCAAAGUACGACAUUCACCUGGAGCAGCUGCCCAGGUACAGUAGUGCCACAGCUGAGAUUGUGGUAAAGGUGACCCUACAAAACCAAACCCAGCUGCUGUCCAGGAGAACAGCUCCAGACCAUCACUAUGUCUCUCUGAUCAUUGGCAACUCUGAAAACCAAGUAGUCAUUCUUCACAAACUCAAGGACUCGUUGCUGCUGAAGUCUGGCAGCUGGACCAAAAAGAUAGAUGUGCCAAAGGCUUCCCUAGAAAAUGAGAUCAGUGUCAACCUCAUCAGCUCAGAAUAUGUGGGUUUGGACAUCCAGCUGAAGUUUCCUGUGUACUACUCUGCCGCAGCUCAAAAUCUUGGGACUGAAAUUCCACAAAGCAAAACAGAUAAUCUUGUUGGACAGAGAGCUCAACGCUCCCACUGCGCUGAGACUCAAAAAACCUCAUCUGGAAAGAAGCAAGACUCAACCAGUAAAAGACAGUGCAAUCAUUUCUGCAAAAAUAAGAACCUCUGUGCUCAUGACUGCUGUAAAGUAGGUCUUGCUGUAGGACAGAAAAGGUCAGCCAACCAUGAAUCCAGCUUCUCCUCUUACUUGGAGGACCUGAGGAGCAGGUCUGACUUACUUGCACAGACCCCAGUCAAGCGCCUUAAGAUAAAAAUGAGUGAAGAGUCUCCGUCUGUCAACAUGAAGAAGUUUGCUUACAAACCCAGAGAAACGCUUCCCUCUGACUCCUGGCAUGCAGGAAAUGGGUAUAAAAGUGGAGAAACGGAGCUGACAGCUGAACGCUUUGCUGAGCUGCCUGAUGUAGUUUGUCUGGAGGAUUUUGACAGAGAUUACCGUUUCCAUGCAGAAAAUGGUCCUGAUGGAAUGGCAGAGACUUUCCAAACUUCUCCUGCAGCACCAGCUUAUCAUCAAAUUUCCUCAAAGUGGAUGACCCUGAAAUCCGGCUCGGGCUCCAGACCGCCUCCGAACCAGAUCAGCACAGUCAGCUCAGCUUCAUCGGGCUGGUCUACUGCGGUGCCAGAACAAAAACACCCCUACAAAAGUCCUUCAUCUCUCCAAAUACCAAGUGUCACCUUUGACCUGGGAAAUGAAUGGGAUGACUGGAGAGAUUUUGAUGAUGAAAACUUGGUGAAUGCCAGCGAAACAUCACCACCCCCAUGUACAAGCAGCUUUCAGCCUCAGGUGCAGCAGCAUGUUCAAAACAAGACAUCAGCACCAGUGCUGCUCAGCAGCUCACAAGCAGAGCCCUGUAUGACCACUUUCACUACUUCACUGAGGUCAACUUCACAUCCAAAUCCUGAAAUCAGGAAAGUUGGAGCCUCUUCUAUCAGUCAGUCAUUCACACCACAGAAGAGGAUUGCACUGGACUGGGAUAAACAGAGACCAAAUGUUUUCAGUGAUGUUUUCAAUGCAAAAACACCUGAAAAGCUCCCAGCACAUACUCUGGGUGGACAGGUUAGCAGAAGGUUGAAUUUCUUCUCCACAAUGAAUGCAACAUUCAACCCAGCUCUUCAUGAAAGCUCAGAGGAGGAAGCUUUCCUUGGCAUAUUUGAUGGUAUAUUCUAGAAUAUACUAUUGUCUAAGAGAUCUGUUACAGUUCAGUGUUCAAUGCUAAACUUUUAUUCUUUCACAAACCUCUCAGAACUGUAUUGGUAUAUUGAGUUAUAUUAUAUGUGUUUAUAUUAAACAAGUUGUUCCUGUUCUAUUUGUUGUAAUGAAUGUAUUUAUGCUUGCUAUUA